ACAAGCGUCUUGAUAUGUUAAAGAUGGUGGUCGUUUAAAAUUUUCUGCUUAAUUUUGUUAUUUUGCUUGUAUAACAUUUCAAAAAUGUUAAACCAAGUACCUUCUGAGGCAGUUUUCUCUGCUACGUACGUGGAAAAUUAUUUGGAUUGCGUGGAAAAUCUCCCUGACGAGUUACAGAGGUUAAUUUCGAGAAUGAGAGAGUUGGAUGUUAACUAUUUGGCGAGGGUUCGUGAUGUGGCAAGCCAAGUAUCGAGCUGGAAGUGUUUAAACCACGAAAAUCCCAAAAGAACACGAAUUGGGGCUAGAAUUCAACAAGCCCUAAUAGCUGCGCAAGAAUUAGGCGACGAAAAAAUGAGUUUACUGCAAUCAAUCCUCGAUAAAAUCGAAGGUAAGACGCGUAUGCUGGACCUAGACUACAAAAACCUGGAUUUUGGAAAAGAAGAAGUUGUUGCAAGUGAAAACAAAGAACAACAACCCCCUGUGAACAAUACUGCCAGCACAAACAACAAUUCGGUGCAAAGUAGCGAACGACCCAACAAAAGGUCGCGUAGAUCACGCCACGAUGCCUUCUCAGGCCUGGAAAACAAUCAAAGUGACAAUAUCCAGCCUGAACAUGUUUUGCGUAGCCAGGUUCCUGCCACUUCUUCAAGCAAUACUCAGAAGAAGACAACGCAAGGGAAGAAGAAGAAGAGGAAAGCGAGACAGGCUGCUCAGGCACAAAAAGAGGAGUCUCCACCGAGGGAGGAGGAACAGGCAAUUGAUCCGGACGAACCUACGUAUUGCUUGUGUGAUCAGAUCAGCUACGGGGAGAUGAUUAUGUGUGAUAAUGAUUUGUGUCCCAUUGAGUGGUUCCAUUUUUCAUGUGUGUCACUAACCACAAAGCCAAAAGGAAAGUGGUAUUGUCCAAAAUGCAGGGGUGACAGGCCAAAUGUUAUGAAGCCAAAGGCCCAGUUUUUAAAGGAAUUGGAAAAAUAUAAUAAAGAAAAAGAAGAGAAAACAUAGUUUUUUAACAUUUAAUUAAUAAUUAUUGUAAAUAAAUAUUUUGUGCAUUUUUUUAUUUAGUCUACAAGUUAAAGAAAGUUUUUUGAUUUUAAAAAAUUUUAAUUGUAUUUUAAAAAUAUAUUUGUAUUGAUGUGUAAAAUAAUGAAAUUUUUUUAAUAAAAGGUUAUUUUA